UGACGAAUCUAAUUUCAAUAAAACACAUUGGAUUCGGGAAUGGCGUAAAGCGUUUCUGUCGAAUGUCAACAAAUUAAACUUUCAUUCUAUUGAAGUAUACCCGUGUCCAAUAUUAGCUACUGAAUUAGAUGUUGAAGUUCUUGCUAAGCAGAUUAUACCUUUGAUAGGUGUUGCUUUUAUUGUGGCAACAUUUUUUUGCGUAAUGACGUACAUGACGAAUAGUUGGGUAAGAAGUAAACCGUGGAUGGGAAUUGCUGCAGUUGUUUCUGCUGGAUUAGCAGUGGUAUCUUCUUUCGGACUGAUGAGCGCAUGUGGAGUAGAAAACAUUAAGUAUAAUGUUGUACUGCCGUUUCUAAUUUUUGCUAUAGAGAUAGACGACGCCUUUGUGAUAGUAGCGAAUUGGAGAAUUACAAAAGUUCAAGAUAGCGUAGAAGCACGAAUGGAGAAAACUUAUUCCAAAUCUGCAGUUUCUAUAACCAUAACAACUUUAACAAAUAUUUUAUCUUUCUGCAUAGCGAUGACUGCAGAAUUUCCUGGUGUGAGGAUCUUCUCUUAUUAUGCUACUACUUGCGUGUGCUUCACUUAUUUCUACCAGAUUAUGUUUUUCGGAUCGUGUCUAGCUCUUAGUGGAUACAGAGAACAGAAAUCACUCAAUGUAUUUACAUUCAAAGCUGUGAAAGAAAAACUCAACGAAAAGCACUCAAGUGAGAAAAAUGGAUUAACUUUUAUGAACUUCUUUAGAGAAUAUUUCGCUGAAUUUCUUUCUUAUCCCUUCACCAAAGUAUUGGUUAUUAUUUUGUAUAUACUUAAUCUUACAAUAGGUAUUUGGGGAGUAACGUUUCUACAUGAAGGAUUAAAUACUUUUACGUUUUAUCCAACAGAUUCUAAAAUAACAGAAGGAUAUCGAAUGUUUUAUGACUACUUUACUGAAUUUGCAUUUCCUGUUCAUGUUGUCAUCAACAAAACAUUAGAUUAUUCUCAGGAUGACGUUCAGAAAUCCAUUGAAAAUUUAAUGAUAAAACUCAUAUCUCACCCAAACGUCGCCGGUUCGGAAUUCGAAUUUUCCUGGUUGAAAUAUUACAAAGAAUUUCAGAAUCAUCCAGUAUCAAAAUUCGCCUUGAGAGGUUAUGAUAUGACGCGAAAACAAGAUUUUAUUGACGGUCUUCGCAAGGUGUUCUUGAGAAUUAAAACAGCCGAACAAUUUUCAAGUGAUAUAGUAUUUAAUAGUAAUUAUACAGAUAUCAUAUGCAGUCGAUUUUUCUUGCUAACGAAAAAUAUUACUCAUAGAGAAAGUGAGCGUACAGUAAUUACAGAUAUGUGGAAAAUUUCAGAACAAUCAGAUUUACCAAUUAUUAUCCAUUCCUGCUUUUCUUACUCGAUAGAACAAAGUAUUAUUACUAAACAAAUUACUCUUCAGUUAUUUUGGUUAACAGCUGUUCUAUUAUUUCUUGUCUUCAUUUCUUUUGUUCCAAACGUUAUUUGUGCAAUAAUUGUUGCAAUAGCUGUUGUUUCAAUAAUUGUCGAAACUGUUGGAUACAUGUCGUUAUGGGCUGUUAACCUUGACGUUUUUUCAAUGAUGAUCAUAAUACUUUGUAACGGAUUUUGUGUUAAUUAUCCGACUCACAUUUCAUAUGCUUUUCUGACUUCGUCACAUUCAGAUUCAAAAGAAAAGCUUAAAGAAUCGCUUUAUCACGUUGGUUUUCCCAUACUGCAAGGUUCGAUGUCAACAAUUAUAGUAUCACUAGUAUUUCUGUAUAAUAAUAUGUAUGUAUACAUAACAUUCGUAAAAAUCAUCGUUAUUAUAUCUCUACAAACGUUUUUCCAUGCUGUGGCCGUUAUUCCUGUAUUUCUUAGCAUAUUAUCUCAUUUACUUGAAAAGAAAUAUAAGAUUAAUUGUUUUGAUAGUGUUAAAAAUAAAUAUAAUUCUAUUCGGAAUGUUGAGAAUUCAAAGUAAGAGUAUGAAACUGCAUUAUUAUCAGUAGUGUUGAAGUCUCUAUAGAAAUCAGUAAGGGAUAAAUACGUUUCUAUGUUUUUUAAAUCAGAGACGUUAUUAUAACCAGCUUUUCAAAAACAACAUUAAAAGAACGAAUUCGUGGAAUUUGCUUUGUGAGAUUUUUUUAAAUCUGUAAGUCUAAUGACACAAAAAUCACCAUAGUAUUGUACAAUUUAGUCUUUGUAAUAGCUAUUUUCAAUUUUUUAUGAAUUUGAACGACUUAUCAAAGCGCAGAUUUUGGAAAAUUGACUGCGAUUUUAUUAAAUCAAUAUGUGUAUUUGGGCCUAUUAUUACGUUUCAAUAGUUGGCUUUAUUCAGAAUAUCGAUUGUAAAUUAGAAUUUAAUGUGAAAUGUAAUUUUGAAAAAACAAAAAUACCCGAGAUAAAACCAACUAAUGAAAGACAUCAUUUUUAUGCUUUCGUUUUUUACUUCUCUUUUCAUUUAUGAAAUAAACUUAGUAAAAAUGUAUAUCAUCAUCGAUGCCUGCUUACUACUGUCGUGGGUUGGCAUGCAUAAACUCGUCGAAUGACGCAGUAACACGUUUCUCUAAUGUCAAAUUUUUGCAUGCAUUAAUGGUAACAAUAAAGUUAUUUUAUAUGCAGAAAAGUACAAAGUAAAACUGGUAAUUUGAGGUCGUAACAAACGCUAUUUAAAGUACUUCUUAACACUUCCACUACUCUGAUAUCUUAACGAAUAAGAAUCAUGUCGAAAAAAUGUUUCUAAUUUCUGUUUAUGGUAAAUGCAACAUUUUACAGUCUGCUAUUUCUUUUAUAAUGUUUUUCAUUUUGUUCAACGUGACCUUUGUGAUUAUAUUAAGACGGUUGUUUUGAGUUUUCGAUUUGCUUCCUUCAUGGCUUCUAAUCCAUCCUGUUAUCAUGUCAGUUUUCUAUCCCAGGAUUUCGGCCAGUUUUUAAAUUAUAUUAUGUUUUUUUAGUCUAUCACGUACACUACAAUAAUACACAUACACUCUUCUAACGAGCGUUCGAAUUAAAGAAAAGCAAUGCAAAAAUUACAUACUCGAGAUAAUAAAAACCAAUAGCAACUUUUAAAUGUUACAUGCUAUAAAUUGUAAAAACACUUUAAAUUCUUAGUACGUACAAAAGGUCUAGAAUAAACGUUUAUGUUACCUUUAUGUAAGGUGUGUUUUUUAAUCAGUUAUUUCUAGAUACAGCUCCAUAUACUAUGUUGUAUUAUCUAUAUUUAUGUUAUAUUCUCUAUACUUAUGUAAAUUAGUUCAGUACAUUGCUAAUAUAAAUAAAUUUAUAAAUUAUGUUUAAAAUUUGGUUUUAAAUGUAAC